GAAGGCCUACACUUCCUCCCCUCCAGCCAUCAGCGGGGAAACAACCUUGUCUGGCACAAACACGUCCUCUCCUUUUGUCUCAACAUCAACGACCACUUCAGCAAGUGUUGUCACCACUUCUAGUACCAACACCAACACCAACACCUUCGCCAGUUCGACUUUGUCUUCGUCUAGCAGCGGCAGGAGUUCCGGAAGUGCGAGUUCGAAAGGUCGAACCAUGCCGAUUGGUGGAAAUGAAAUUUUGGGAAGAGAGGCCAGUGGAACCGCCAUCACAGACAGUGUCAUAGAAGAGGACGAGCUGUUGCUGGUCGGAGACAAAGUUAUCAUCGGAGUUGAUGAGGAGAGACUGGUGAAGCUCCAGCAGACUUUUGGCGGUUGUACCAAAGGCAUGAUCAGUCGCAUUGGGAUCGAAGGUGUGGUGACUGCUGUUCCCAGCCUACAGACGCCGGCAGUGAGUGUGAAGUACACAGAGAAACAGAGCUACAGGCUCAACCCUGCGGUCCUGGUGAAGAUCACAUCUUUCAUCGAAGGCGACGUUGUUCGGGUGAGGCGUGACGUCCAGCAAGUGACGUUCCUAAACAAGAGCCUAGGAUGGAGUGAGAAUAUGGACAAGGCUUGUGGAAAGGUGGGACGAGUGCGCGCCGUGGACAGCAGUGGUCACGUGACGGUGAGGAUUGGCAGUCAGGAGUGGAAGUUCCAUGCUGCUUGUUUGCUGCCGGCACUCGGCGCACCUUUGGAUGACGUGAAGCCAGAAGAGCGACCAGACAGAAACCUUUUGAGUGAUCUAGGGAUGUUCUCAAACCUCCUCGAGGAACAGGCAACGACAGUGACUUAGAUCCUUUGAUGCGUUUACUGGGACUAGAGGGAGAUGACAGCAGCGGAAAGGACAACAGUGACCCCAGGGUCCAGCAGUUGUUUUUAAAAAUUAAUGUCGGAGACGCAGGGUCUGUGCGGCGGAUGGUAGAAGCUAACCGUCACCUGCUGACAGCAGUCCACAAGGGCAUGACACCGCUAGGCUACGCUGGUCACUGUGGCAGGAUCCAUGUGAUGGACACGCUGCUGGACCUGGGCGCCGACAUCAACGGCAAGGACGGCAAGAGGAGGACUGCUCUCCACAGAGCUAUAGAAGGUAGCGAAGAGCGAGCUGCCCUUCACCUGAUUGACAAAGGAGCGGAUGUGAAGGCGUCCAGUCGAAAGAAUCAGACGCCAUUGCACUUUGCGGCCAUCAGAGGCAUGACGACAGUCAUCGCUAGACUCAUCGCCCUUGGAGCCGAUGUUAACGCCACGGACUUUGUUGGGGACACGCCGAUAUUCGAAGCUAUCAAUCAAGGGAAGGACCAGGCGGUGCAAAUACUUCUUCAGGAGCCUACCCUGAACAAACAUGCUCUUAAUGGGAGAGGCUUCAACAUUCUACACCAGGCCUGCUUGCGUGGCCGGUCUAUCGCUGUGGAGAUGAUCCUGGACGCUGACGACCAUCCUUACAUCGACGACAGAAUGAAUGGCGAGUACACGGCCCUGCACAUCGCUGCCAACAACGACCACGUGGAGUGUGUGGGGCUGUUGAUUUUACUGGGAGGAGCUAUUGUUGACCAUGGUGACGGGCGUCGACAGUUAACUCCCCUGCAUCUGGCAUGCAAGAGAGGACAGUUCCGGGCUGCAAAGUGCCUCAUAGAGAUGGGUGCCAAUGUCAAUGCAACAGAUAUCUAUGGUAGCACACCUUUACACCUGGCCAUGGGAAAGGUCCCAGAAGAUAAGCGAGUAUCAGAGAGUGUGGACAAAGAAAUGACAGAGGACGAGUGCAUACGGAUGGCGCGUUUGUUGAUUGACAGCGGGCCAUUGUGGAUGUUCUGGACUACAGCGGCCAGACUCCCAUGGACUACGCAGAAACCGCAGUCAGAACAGCUGUCCAGAAGUACAUUGAUGAAAUGGGGGAUGCUGUUCUGCUUUUUGGUAAUACCGACAUAGCCCUGGCUUUGAACCCAGUUUCUGACCCCUCACCCAUGACUACGACCCUCACUGCAGUGGACUCGGAGGACUCUGGAGCUGCUGAUUUGACCUCACCGACCCCAGGGUCAGGUGCAUGCAGCAAACAGCACGAUGCUGCCCUGAUGCAGGACCUCCUCAAGGGGGUCAGUCUGCAGUGCCCCAGUUGUGACCGGAUGUCUGACGUCACGCUUCAGCCAUGUGGACACAAGAGCGUCUGUCAGAAGUGUGUGACCACCUUCACUUCCUGUCCCGUGUGUGACGUGCACAUCGACGAGAAGGAGGUGGAUAAUACAGAUGACGACAUCAGCGAGGAAGGGAAUAAGCAAUAAGAAGGAAGAACCUGAUGACGGCGUUCUUGAUUCCCUAAUCCUUUGUUUAAAACUCGUUUAAGUUCAGUAAAAUACUUUUAAUCGAAAAAGCUCAUUUACUCACAUGCUGAGCUGUAAAGAGUUAAAAUGGAGUGAAUUCAUUAAUAUGUAAUAUCCUUUUAUUUGGUUGCAUCAAUGACUUCCGGUAACAGAGAAAUCGUGGCAUUGUCUUAUUAAGUCACGACAAACAGCUGACCAAGGGAAAGUUACUGUUCCUGUAAAAAUGAAAUAGUAAAUGCUUUGUGUUAUUAUUGCAGAUGGUGAUUAGAGAAAAUGUUUAACCUUUGCAAAAAGUGUAAGGUAAAGCAGUCAAAUACUUAAUUAAGACAAAAGAAAAGAAAGAGCUUCAUGGGAACAGUCAAAGAGAAUCCAAACUGAGUGGAUUUAUCUUUCAUCAACUUUGAUUCUUUUUUUAUUUAUGUAAAUAAAGCUUUCCAUGUAAUUACUUC